GUCACUUUGACGGGAGCAAGCUGUAAACAUGGCUGCCUACAGUGCAACGCGGUGCUUGUUACGAUGCUACUCUCGGAUUAGAACCGUCCAUCAAAACUCACAGAUGUUGGCUGUGUGCACAAGAAGAAUGUUAUGCAGCACGGAAAAUGGCACGCGGGAUGGAAGAAAACCGAAGUUCCAAGAUGAAGAUGUGCAGGAGAUUCUUACUAGAAUCACAGGCAUGGAUUUGCACAAGAUAUUUAAACCCGUUAAACAGGAACUAAAACCUCCGACAUAUAAACUUAUGACAGAUGAGCAACUUCAGGAGGCUACUCAGAAAGCCGCGGAGGAGGCGAGAAAGCGGCUGAAGAUGCCCCCAGUCCUGCCAGAACGGCAACCUAUCAAUGACAUUCUAUCAGAAGACAAGAUCCUGGAAGGCAUGGAUACAGCCAAAUACGUCUUUACUGACAUCACCUUUAACAUACCGCACAGAGAGCGCUUCAUUGUGGUCAGAGAGCCUACUGGUAUCCUGCGCAAAGCAUCAUGGGAAGAGAGGGACAGGAUCCUGCAAAUCUACUUCCCCAGACCAGGAAGGAGACUCACCCCUCCCCCUGUCUUUAAUGAGGAGAACCUCAAGGUUGUGUAUCAGCAGGACAGACACGAAGACAUCCUGGAUUUGUGUCUCGUUCAAUUUGAACCUGACUCCUUGGAGUACAUUAAGGUGCACCAGAUAACUUAUGAGGAUAUUGAAAAGCAAGGCAAGUACGACCUGCUGCGUUCCACUCGCCACUUUGGAGGAAUGGUGUGGCACUUGGUCAAUUCGAGAAGGAUUGAUGGCCUGGUGAUUGACAUGCUGCAGAGAGAACUGGUGCAAGAUGCAGCAAGUCUGGUUAGCCUGUUCCACAUGGUUCAUCCUCAGAGCAAGUCGGCUACAGAGGCCCGUGAGCAGGAAGCCACAGGAGUGGAUCUGAUCAAGAUUUACGCCGAGAGGGAGUCCCAGCGCGCUGGAUACAUCGAGCUGGCUUUGCAGACCUAUCAGCAGACCCCGCUGGAGAGCUCCGGUUGACAUCCCCUUCCCAACUCUAAUUUAUGCUCCACAUCGCCCCCCCCUCCAGGGUAGAGGUUCUAUGAAGAGGGCUCAGACUAACUGCCUGUGCAUUGUGGGCAAUUAUGGCUGCACUGUAAGAACUAUUUAGGCUGAACCAAAACAGAUCUGUCUACAUUUCAGGUUUUUUUUCCCAUCCAUAAAAAGUCUGUUCUUUUAAGUCUAGUAGAAGCUGUAACUUUUUGCUUACAUUGUCCAUAUUUCACCUGCCAUACUUCAUGGAAUCACUGGUUGGACUUUGAACCGUGUUCAAUAUUCUUAAUGCCUGCCUUGCUUCAUGUAAAUAAAUAAAUAAAAAAGCUUUGUAUUUUA